AUGGUUUAUGGCUCUACACGCCCUACAGUUUUGAGGCAACUGGAUACUAUCCACCACUCUGCUCUAAGAAUCUGCUCCGGAGCUUUCCGUACAUCACCAGUAGAGAGUCUAUAUGUUACUUGCCACGAACUACCUCUUCACUUACGACGACAGAAGUUAUCUAUUUUAUAUUAUUAUCGGACACAGUCUAUCCCUAAUCACCCCAUUUGUAAUAUGAAUCUUCCUUUUGGCCUUCGUAGACUAUACGAUGCCCGUCCCUCUCAUAUCCUACCAUUCAAUGAGAGAGUAAAAUUACUCUUGCAGGACUCGGACCUUUCAAACGUGACCAUCAAAACAGCUGAGUCAUUUUGCCUUCCGCCUUGGGAUAUCCCGCAUUUUCAUUUUCUGAAUCCCUUUGCAGGUUUUGACAAAUCGUCAACAGCUCCUGUGGUUUUCCAACAACUCUUUCUUUACCAUCGCUGUCGGUAUUCUUCAUUCACUCCAAUUUUUACGGAUGGCUCGAAAUCGGAUGGACAUGUCGGUUGUGGCAUCGCACUUCCAUCUGAUACACUGAGCUAUCGCCUACACGACCACUGUUCUGUAUUCACGGCUGAGUUAGUGGCAAUUUUCUGUGCUCUUCAGGAGAUCUCGCCUUCUUCUCAGCGUUAUUUUAUUAUCUAUACUGACAGUAGGAGUGCUUUGGAGGCACUCUCACAUUGUCAUAAAGGGAUGCACCCAAUUGCUAUUCGGAUUAUGUCUACGUUGCAAAUUUUACAAAAUAGAGGAUUCAAGGUCAUAUUUUGCUGGGUUCCUGGUCAUGUGGGUAUUUCCGGAAAUGAGGAGGCAGAUUCUGCUGCUAAACAGGCUACAUCCUUUCUGACAUAUAGCCUUCCAUAUUAUGAUGCGAGAAAGUCGGUCAAUAAUUAUUUCCACUUAACUUGGCAGAAGGCAUGGGACAUGCAAACUAACAAUAAGUUACAUUUUGUCAAACCUACAAUUGAUUUCUGGCCUAUAAUCCCUAUACGAGAGGUUGAUGUCAAGUUGACUCGCCUUCGUAUAGGGCAUACUCGAUUCACGCAUCGUCAUCUCCUUUUCGGUGAGAGAGCACCGAUCUGUUCUGUAUGUAACAUUGAUUUUAGUGUGAAACACAUUUUAAUUGAAUGUCCAGUGUUUGAUUCUCAUCGUCAAUAUUUUUUUCAUUCACCUUCUCUGGAUUUGCAAGACAUGGUGGGUGAAAAAUACCACCCAAAUAUUUUAAACUUUUUAAAGGCCAUUGGCUUUUAUGCGUGCAUUUAA